GCUGAGGGCGCGCGCCCUGGAAAAUUCCACUCCCGAGCUCGCUCCACCCUAUGCGCCUUUUCUCCUGCUCAGUGCACUGCGGCUCAACAAGCAUCCCAGCGGCCUUUGCGCGAACAAAAUGGCAGCCCCCAUACCGCGGGGCUUGUCCUGCUUAUCCAGGGCUUUGGGAUGGUGGUCUCGGCAGCCCAUUCUGGUGACUCAAUCCCCAGCUGUAGUUCCAGUAAAAACCAAAAGCCGGUUCAGACCCCCUCUUCGUGAACCCAAGUACAAAACAGAGAAGGAGUUUUUGGAACAUGCCAGGAAAGCAGGAUUGGUUAUUCCUCCGGAAAAGAUGGAGCGUCCUAUACAUCUGGCCUGUACAGGUGAGGAAUACACAAGUAUGGUUGUCAGGGCCGCCUGGGGACUCCCUGAGAUUGAACGCAGGUUAAUUCGAAAGAUAAAAGAAUUUGAUGCUAAUUUUAAAACGAAAGACUUCCCUGAAAAAGCUAAGGAUAUUUUCAUUGAAGCUCACCUUUGUCUAAACAAUUUUCUCUCCUGCCCUCAGGACAUGGUCUGGGACCUCAAGUACAAGACUGUCCGCUGGAGCUUUGUGGAAUCUUUAGAGCCAGCCCAAGUGGUUCAUGUUCGCUCUUCAGGCAUGGUGAACCAGAGCAACAUGUAUGGCCAGGUCACUGUCCGCCUGCACACUCGGCAGACUUUGGCCAUCUAUGAUCGGUUUGGCCGGUUGAUGUAUGGGCAGGAAGAUGUGCCUAAGGAUGUCCUGGAGUAUGUGGUGUUUGAAAGACACUUGAUGAACCCGUAUGGAAGCUGGAGAAUGCAUGCCAAGAUUGUGCCCCCAUGGGCACCCCCUAAGCAGCCCAUCCUCAAGACAUUGAUGAUUCCCAGUUCUCAGCUGAACCCAUGGGAGGCGAGUGAAGAGACACAAGGAGAGGCCCAUAAGCCUCAGCUUGCCUGAGGAGCCUGGCGGUGGUGGCACACGCCUUUAAUCUCAACACUCAGUUGGCAGACACAGGCGAUCUCUGUGAGUUUGCGUCCAUCCUGGCCUACAGAGUUCCCGGAUAGCCAAGGCUACCCAAAGAAACCCUGUCUCAAAAAACAGCAACAAACAAACAACGAAAAGACUCCUGAGGGCUGACCGGAUGAUGGGGCUGCAAAACCACCUCCAUCCUGUAGGCCUCCCUUGCUCUCUCCUGCCCUGCCUGGGUCUUUUCAGAAGACCCUCCCCCUUGCAGUUGUGACUCCUCCCCCUUGCAGUUGUGGCUGAUAUCCAGCCAGGUAGAUGGCUGGGAUCCAGACAUGGAGCAUCUUCCUUUUAAAGUCAUGUUUACCCCUGAGAUGACAUGAAAAGCGGCAUGUGUGAGAACAUACGUGACACUGGGCUUCUCAUGGCAGGAACUGCGAGUAGGCCAGCAGCGUGUGUUUUUCUAUACACAGCAGAGACCAGCAUUUGAAAUAAAAUACUAUGGAAGUAUUGAA